AUGUCAACAAAUGUAUCAAAACAAGAUUUCCUACAACCAACAACAUUACAGGAGGCUAUAAACAUAAUAAAAUUUUUAACCACAACGCAUAAAUUGGAAAUCGCAAAAUUAAAAGAAUCACACGCAAAACAGGCAGCCGUGAUAAGAAAGUUGGAAGAAAAUAGAAAGAAAGAACUAGACUUUCUGUCCGAUGAACUAUCUAAAUAUGAAUCAAAUUUAGCAAUAAAAACGGAUGCUAUAAAUCAACAGCUAGCCCAAAAAGAUGAUAUCAUUCAACAGCAAUUAAAAACAAUUGAAGAUCUCAACAUGAGGAUAAAGAUUCAAAACGAAGUUCCUGUACCUGAAAUAAUCAUUGAUUCCAAUUCUGAUUCCGGGAUCGUUCUAGAAAAUGAGGAUAGUCCUAAAUCUGAAGAAGCUAAAAUUGAAACUAAAACAAGAAAAUACAGCAGACGGUUCGGAGAUCCCAUUGGUUUUCUACGUAGAGUUGAUUUUUCUCCAAUUAAAUAUAAGCCGUGUAAUCGGGAUAAUAAGAAAAAAGGAGAAAAGAAAAAUAGCCUAGAAGUGCCAGUUGUAAAUAAGCGACAUUUCUUCAGACAGAUUAGUAACGACAGACCGAGUGAUGACGAAAGACUCGCUUACGAUGAUUCAAUACUUUCCGAUAGCACUCUUGACACCGCAGAAAUAAAACCAAAGAAAUUAAAUGAUAGCAUGACCAAUCAUUUUUCUGAUGAUGGAAGUGAUGAUAGCGAGGAAGUGUUUGAUAGAGUUAUGACGAGAAGCAGUAUCAGAAAAUCUAAAACAAAUCCGAAAUACAAGAAAAUUAAUAGAAAUAAAUCCAAGCGUCUGGAGCAGGUGAAAAUUAAUAUAAUAGAUUAA